AGCCAAUCAGCAGUCGCGCAGUGCUCUUUUAGCGCGACAUGAGUCGAUAGUGAACAAACUGUCUUCAACAAACACCCAAAACUUCACGGCGCGCGCAGAGGACAUCUCCAACCCCAAAAAAUCUUGUCAAGCGACCUAAUCGCUCCCAUUGAACGAAGGCAAACGGGGUGUCACCCAUUCCGCUUCCUUUAUAGCAUCUAGAGGAGAGCGGUUUGGUAGCGGGAGUCAGACGUCAUGUCAAUGCUGCCUUCUUUCGGGUUUACUCAGGAGCAAGUCGCGUGUGUUUGUGAGGUGCUGCAACAAGGGGGGAACCUUGAGCGUCUCGGCCGUUUUCUGUGGUCUCUUCCGGCCUGCGACCAUCUCCACAAGAACGAGAGCGUCCUCAAAGCCAAGGCUGUAGUCGCCUUUCAUCGUGGAAACUUCAGGGAACUUUAUAAGAUACUAGAGAGUCACCAGUUCUCUCCACACAACCACCCGAAGCUGCAGCAGCUGUGGCUUAAGGCCCAUUACGUUGAGGCUGAGAAGCUGAGGGGGCGACCGCUGGGAGCGGUGGGGAAAUACCGAGUGCGCAGGAAAUUUCCUCUGCCACGCACAAUAUGGGACGGCGAGGAGACCAGCUACUGUUUUAAGGAGAAAUCCCGCGGUGUGCUGCGGGAGUGGUACACGCACAACCCCUAUCCAUCUCCUCGGGAAAAGAGGGAGUUGGCUGAGGCCACAGGGCUGACCACCACCCAAGUUAGCAACUGGUUUAAAAACAGACGGCAGAGGGAUCGCGCAGCGGAGGCAAAAGAAAGGGAGAACAGCGAAAACAACAACACGGGCGCGAACAAACAGAACCAGCUUUCACCGCUGGACGGCGGGAAGUCCCUGAUGUCAAGCUCGGAGGACGAGUUCUCGCCCCCGCAGAGUCCUGACCAGAACUCCGUGCUCCUGCUCCAGGGUAAUAUGAGCCACCCCGGCGCGUCCGCGUAUUCCAUGACCGGCCUAGGCGCCGCGCAGUCGGUACACGGCAUGCAAGGACACCCACAUCAACUCCAGGAUUCUUUACUGGGACCUUUAACUUCAAGCCUGGUGGACCUCGGUUCUUAAGUGAUUGCGACUGAGCUUUUAUUUAUUUUUGUUUAUUUUGUACCAAAUAUAGACUGAGAUCUGCCACUUUUACUGUAUAUAUAUAUAUAUAAAGGAAAAAAAUGAACAAUAUAAAUCUAAAUAAAAAUCCUUAGUUUUUCUCUGGUUCUCAGAGAAAUACUCAGUGGUACGCUUCACCGUGGUAGACUAUUACGGACUGACAUUUGCCAAGUCGUUAAACUGGUCAGAAGACAAAACAAAAGCAGUUAAUAAAGCGAUUUUUUUCUUAAAACUCAUAAGAUGUUCUUCUAGCAUUUCAUCACACUGUUUUGCACCAAUAAAAUACGAAGAUGAAGUGGAAAAUUAAAAUACAAGUUAUCGCAAUAAAUCUGAGAUAUAUAGCAAAUUAAAUGGUGAAAAAUUAUUCACA